GCCAUGUCGGUGAGGGUGCGGUUCCUGUCCUCUGGGGACACAGGGGCUGUGGGGGUCAUGGGCCGGAGCGCCUCCUUUGCCGGCUUCAGCAGUGCCCAGAGCCGGAGGAUCGCAAAGUCCAUCCACAGGAACUCAGCGAGGUCUCGAGUGCCUGUGAAAUCCUCCAAGAUGUAUGGCACGCUGCGGAAGGGGUCUGUCUGCUCGGAUCCCAAGCCCCAGCAAGUGAAGAAGAUCUUUGAAGCACUGAAGAGAGGCCUCAAGGAGUAUCUGUGUGUCCAGCAGGCCGAGCUGGAUUACCUGUCAGGAUGCCACAAGGACACCCGCAGGAAUUCCAGGCUGGCUUUCUAUUAUGACCUGGACAAGCAAACACGCUCUGUGGAAAGGCACAUUCGGAAGAUGGAGUUUCACAUCAGCAAGGUGGAGGAGCUUUACGAAGGCUACUGCAUCCAGUGCCGCCUGCGCGACGGCGCCUCCAACAUGCAGCGGGCCUUCUCCCAGUGCCCGCCGAGCCGCGCCUCCCGAGAGAGCCUGCAAGAGCUGGGCCGCAGCCUGCAGGAGUGCACCGAGGACAUGUGGCUCAUCGAGGGGGCCCUGGAGGUUCACCUGGGCGAGUUCCACGUCAGGAUGAAAGGCUUGGUGGGCUACGCACGCCUCUGUCCGGGAGACCAGUAUGAGGUGCUCCUGCGCCUGGGCCGCCAGCGCUGGAAGCUGAGGGGCCGGAUCGAGUCUGACGACAGCCAGACCUGGGACGAGGAGGAGAAGGCCUUCAUCCCCACCCUGCACGAGAACUUCGAGAUCAAGGUGACAGAGCUUCGGGGCCUGAGCUCCCUGGCGGUGGGCACAGUGACCUGCGACAUCACCGACUUCUUCACAACCCGGCCGCAGGUCAUCGUGGUGGACAUCACAGAGCUGGGCACCAUCAAGCUGCAGCUGGAGGUGCUGUGGAACCCGUUUGAUACCGAGAGCUUCCUGGUGUCGCCCAGCCCCACGGGCAAGUUCUCCGUGGGCAGCAGGAAGGGCUUCUUGUACAACUGGACACCCCCGAGCACCCCCAGCUUCCGGGAGAGAUACUACCUGUCUGUCCUGCAGCAGCCAGCACAGCAAGCCUUGCUGCUGGACAGGCCGAGGGCCACCUCCAUCCUCAGCUGCCUGUCCGACGGUGACCUUCGGGGGCCUGGCCUGCGGAGCCGGAGUCAGGAGCUGCCUGAGAUGGACUCCUUUAGCUCCGAGGACCCCCGAGACACUGAGACCAGCACAACAGCAUCCACCUCGGACGUGGGCUUCCUGCCCUUGGCCAUUGGCCCCAACACCUCCAUUGAAGAGGGGGUCCAGGAGGACCCCCCACCCCUGGGCCUCCUGCCAGAGGUGUUCCACCUGGCGGAAGGCUCGUUUGUGGAGCAGCCUGGGUGGAGAAAUUUGGGAGUAGAUAGCCUCGACCUGCCACGGGGCUCCCCCUUCCGCAACCACGUGAUCCCCGGAGGCCAGGAAGGCCACGAUGAAGCAGAAACUGAGGAUGGAGUGGAUGGGCCCGGGGUGCCCCUCGAGAGGCCCCUGCAGGAUGUCCUGGAUUUACUGAGGUCCAUGGACCCUGCCCCGCCCCAGCUCCGGGAGCUGGAGUACCAGGUCCUCAGCUUCAGGGACCGGCUGAAGCCCCGCGGAGCCCGCCGGGAGCACGCGUCCGCCGAGAGCCUGAUGGAGUACAUCCUGGAGAGCUUCUCCUUCCUCAGCGCCCACAUCGCCCCACACGAGCUGGCCCUGUUUGGGGGCUCCCAGGGUCCCCGAAAGGACAGGACUCCACCUCCACCGCCAUCACUGAAAGCGUCAUCCAGGGAGCUCACGGCUGGUGCCCCAGAGCUGGAUGUGCUGCUCACGGUUCACCUCCGAAUCUGCAAAGUGCUGCUGCAGAAACUGGACUCUCCUAAUUUGUCAAAGAUGGUCCAGGAAUGCCUUCUGGAAGAAGCUGCACAGCAAAAACAGAUUCUGGAGACGCUUUCUGUGCUUGAUUUUGAGAAGGUCAGCAAGGCGACAUCCAUUGAAGAGAUCAUCCCGCAGGCCACGCGGAGGAAGGGGUGCCUGAAGCUGUGGAGGGGCUGCACGGAGCCCGGCGCGGUCCUGUCCUGCCCUGGCACGGUGCUGCUGGACCAGCUCAAGAAGACGUUCCUGCACAGAGUCAGAGGGAAAUACCCGGGACAACUGGAAAUAGUGUGCCGCAGGUUCCUGGAGCAGGUGGUCAGCUGCGGCGGGCUGCUGCCUGGAGCCGGGCUCCCUGAAGAACAGACCAUCACCUGGUUCCAGUUUCACAGCUACCUGCGGAGGCAGAGUGUCUCCGACCUGGAGAAGCACUUCGCUCAGCUCACCAAGGAAGUAACACUCUUCGAGGAGCUGCAGUGCGUGGGCCAGGCCAAGACAGUCAGGAAGCUGCAGGGGAAGCGGCUGGGCCAGCUCCAGCCCCUGCCCCAGACGUUGAGGGCCUGGGCGCUGCUCCAGCUGGACGGGACCCCACGGGUGUGCAGGGCGGCCAGUGCUCGCUUGGCCAGUGCAGCCAGGAACAAGAGCUUUCGGGAAAAGGCUUUGCUCUUCUACACUAACGCCCUGACCGAGAACGAUGCAAAACUCCAGGAAGCUGCGUGCCUGGCACUAAAACAUCUCAGGGGCAUCGAAAGCAUUGAUCAGAUUGCCCGCCUGUGCCAGUCUGACCUGGAGGCCGUGCGCGCGGCAGCCCGGGAAACCACGCUGUCAUUUGGUGAAAAAGGACGGCUAGCUUUUGAGAAGAUGGACAAACUUUGCUCAGAACAAAGAGACGAAGCCUUUGGCCAGGAGGCAGAUGUUGAAAUCACAAUAUUUUAA